AUGCAAGCAGGGCGAGGGACGUAACACGAAGGUUUUAUUUAACUUCAGAUUUAGCUCGCCAGCCAAAGCUGGCUAUUUAGCCAACUAGCCAGCUCAUUUCCCAUCUUUCGGGGAUUGAACAAGGACAGGCACGCAUUUGGAGAAUGUUUCUACCUACAAUGCAAGUUGCACCAUUAGCUAUCUUCCUCACAUUUUUGGCCCUCGGGUGCACAUCUCUUUCACCUGUAAAUCGUUAUGGAACUGCUAACGGAACGGUAACGUUAACCGAUAAAUUAGAACCUGGCUGUGUGGUGUGGUAUACGAGGACAUUGACGGAACUUUAUGGUGACGACAUCAAGGCAACAGUUGUUGAAAAAGGCAAACCGACAGAAAUGUACAAGGAUAAGGUAAAAAUAAACGACCGUGUCAUAACUUUACACGAGGCUAACUACAAUCACCGCGGUGUCUACGAAGUGAUGUGUGGCAUUGAGAAGAAAGUCGUGGAAGUGAUAAAGUUGGAAAUGUUGGGCCCCUUUAACAGCAUAGUAAAUGGAGUAGAGGGAGGGGACGGAGUGUAUACCUUCUACGAAGAUACUAAUGGACGGACUGACAUCCAAGUGCAUCUGCAUAAGCUGCUAGUCAAUGGCUCUCUUGAAAAACUUGGCCAAAUACCGAAGUCUGCAGGUAACGCUGGCACUGUGUUGCAGGGAAGGGCAUUCCUGACAGAUGAUGGACUCAGUGGACGUUUCUCCUUCUCCAUCACCAACAUAAACCACUCCGACCAGGGGACAUAUGUCAUCUUCGUCACCGGAAUGUAUAAAGAGACAAGAGAUACACUGCUGAAAAGUGCAUUUCAACUUCAGGUCAGGGUAAAAACAAUGCCACCUGAUGGUUCAAAACAUCUGGCCAGUACAGUGUUGAGUAUAAUCGUCAUCGGUUGUGUAAUUGUUUGCCUCCUUGCACGAAAUGGAUGUAUUUCCAAGGAUCAAAUAUUAGCUGUGUACCGUAGAAUCCGUAGAAUCCAAGAUGCACCACUCUCUAACCCUAUUCCAGUGGAGAGCAAUCCAGAGGUUCGUUAUGAACAAGUUCCCGACCAGCAUGACACUCCAAUCAAGAAUGGAUCACAGGUAGGGGAAAACUCCAGUUCUGUGAAACUUAUCGAUCGGUGUUCCAUACUGAUGCCACACAUCCAAGGAUCCACUUCCUCAGCCGCUGGAGAGCCAGACCAGGGGCGUAUCUAGGGGCGUAUCUAAGGAGGCACCUGCCCCACCACAGUGGCCUAUCCUGACCCUCCAGAUGGUCUGUUACACAUAUUAAUCUGGGAAGCCAUCCUUAGAAACUGUGAAAAGCAUCUGCCUACCCUCGAGGACCUGCACACCUCGAGGACCCUGAGGCGUGCGAGGAAGAUUGUGGCCGACCCCUCCCACCCUGGUCACUCCCUGUUCCAGCUACUCCCCUCUGGCAGAAGGCUGCGGUCCAUCAGGACCAAAACCUCACGCUAUAAGAACAGUUUCUUUCCAUCUGCUACUGGCCUCUUCAACAAGGCCAAGGACUCCCAUUGACAUUCAUUCACUUAUUUAACCAUUCACUUAUUUAACUAUAAGUCCAUCUAAUGGCAAUUCAGUAUGCAUAAGCCACUUUAUCUCAGUAUCCAACUGCACUAUGUUGUAAGGAGGCCUCUCUAGAAGUGACUGUUUUGUACAGUUUUUUUUUUCCAUUUCAAAUUUCUUCAAAAUGUUAU